UCAUUAAUAUUUAACAAAUUUAAGUGUACAUUUAUGGCCACAAUGUCAUCCGUAGCAUUGUGAGUGUAAACCGUGGCAACUGACGAGAUUAGAAGACCCAAAACUAUUGAGCAGGAAACCAGCGCGCGCCUCUCUCUUCUUUAUAGAGUUCCGCCCUCCGCCAAUAGGAAGAAAAAUCGAUUUUGAUAAGAGGGGCUUACUCGCGUUGUAGUAUUUUCGGCUGAUUAAAUUGAUUGAAAUAUGAAUUUGGAUUUUGCCAAGGUGUGCGGCAAGCACAUAGGCAUCUAUGAGGCCUACUAUAAACAGAUUGACCCAAAAGGCACCGGAGGCAUUGAGGCCAUGACGGCGGCCAAGUUUCUUAAGAAAUCCGGACUUAGUGAUGUCGUCUUAAGCCGCAUUUGGGACUUAUCGGAUCCAAAUGGCAAGGGUUUUCUGGACAAACCGGGUUUCUUUGUGGCCCUCAAAUUGGUGUCGCUAUCACAGGCUGGUUUGGUGGCCAAUAUGAAUAACAUUUAUGUGGAGACGGCGAAUGCUCCCAAAGUGGGUGAACUGCCUAAAGUAUUGCCGUCUCGAAUUCAAACUGUUCCAGUACCCAGUGGCGGUGGGGUGAGCACUGGAGACUGGACCAUAAGUGUAAUCGAUCGCUUGAAAUACGAGCAACUAUUUGAGUCCCUCAAUCCUCAGGCUGGCAUGCUUCCGGGCAAUAAAGUGAAGGGCGUUUUAAUGGACUCGAAGCUGCCAAUGAAUAUAUUGGGUACAAUUUGGGAUCUGGCCGAUCAGGAUAAGGAUGGCAAUUUGGAUAAGCAUGAGUUUAUUGUGGCCAUGCAUUUGGUCUAUCAGACUCUGCAAAAGCGCACGGUACCGAGUGUGCUACCUCCUGAGCUUAGGAAGCCAGGUAGUGCUGGUCCGCCGCCUGUCAAACCCGCCAUGCCACCACCACCAGCAGCGGCGGCCAUGCCGCGUGCACCCAGCGGCGAGGGUUUCGGUGAUGGUGGAUUUGUGGCCAAUUUCCCAAAGGAUAUUGCUCCGCCGGCAGCCAUACCACCUUUGCCCGUGGCUGUGCCACCAAUGACACGUAUACCGCCAGUUGGAGCAGUCAGUCAGCCACUGAUACAAACUGAUCCUCUGAUACCCAUUGGUGCUCCACCCUCGGUGACUGCUAAUGCUGAUUGGGUGGUUAGUGCUGUGGAAAUGAAACGCUUUGAGGAUAUCUUCCGGCAAUCCGACUUGGAUAAAGAUGGACUCGUUUCUGGCCUAGAAGUGAAGGAUAUUUUCAUGAAAUCGGGUAUACCUCAGAGGAGUUUGGCCGACAUUUGGGCCCUCUGCGACACCAAUCAAUCGGGAAAACUCACCGUGGAGCAAUUCGCUUUGGCCAUGUGGUUUGUGGAACGAAAACAACGAGGCAUUGAUCCGCCCCAUGUUCUGAAUGCCAAUAUGGUGCCGCCAUCAAUGCGUUCUAUAGUCUCUGGAGUGGAUUUGCAGCCCCAGGAAGCCAAACCGACGUAUUCCAAUCCCGAACUAGAAAUGAUAUCCAAAGAGAUUGAAGAACUAGCUAGAGAACGGCGAGCCCUGGAAACGGAAAUAGCACAAAAGGAAGCCGAUGUCCGCAUUAAGAAUGGCGAAGUGCGCAGUCUUCAGAGCGAACUGGACACCUUGACGGCUACACUGAAGCAAUUGGAAAAUCAACGUGGCGAGGCUCAAAAACGUUUGGAUGAUCUCCAGGCUCAAGUUACACAAAAUAUGGCCAUAAUGGCCCAUGUAAGUCUUGAUAUAUCCCGCACCAGCAAUCAGGUAACCAAAAUACGCGAUCAGUGCCAGAAACAAGAAGAGACUAUCAACGAACAGGAAGGCGAAUUGAAUGCCAAACGUUCGGAACUACAGAAGCUUAAGGACGAGGAGACAUCACUGCAAAAGGAAUAUGAUGACAACAAUCGGGAACUUAACAAACUGACCAAACAUCUGCAAAAUACCCAACUUCAAAUAAGCUCGGUGCGCUCCAUGGUCACUCAAUUGAUGGAGACUCAGCGACAAAUGACCGAUGCCCUGUUGAUUUGUCGCGCUGCCAUGGAAAAUUCAAAUGCUGAGCUCGUCUCGGAAUAUCAAUUGAAAAUCGAACCGGACUUUGACGACGCACGCAAAACACUGGAAAAGCAAAUUGAUAUACCCAAAGACGAUCCAUUCGAUGAGAAUAAUAGUGGAGCCGCUAAUAAGGCAACUGCCAAUGGCUUCGAUAGUGAUCCGUUCGGAGGAGCCGCCAAACCAACCAUCAGCACGGGCUUCGAUGACAGUUUCAGUAUGUCAAGCGGUUUUGAUAGUGGUUUUGAUGCCUUUGGACAGAGUGGAACGGCAGCAGGAGGUUUUGGACAAACGCAACGUGAUCCAUUCGGAGGCGAUGCCUUUGGUGGUCACAAAACCAAUGCCAUAACACCAGAGCCCGGCAAAGAUGACUUUGGGAGCGAUCCAUUUGCGGCUUUGCAUGCUCCGACGGGACAGGGUCAAGUGUUAAGUCCCAAUACACAGAAAUCAGGUCCACCACCCAGACCAGAGUCACCAAGCCCAGCCUUGCCGCCAAAGAAAUCCAAGGUGCCGCCUCCAAGACCAGCUCCACCAAGGGCCAGCCAGCCAACAAGUGGUUUUGGAGGAGGUGUAAGCGGAAGCGGGGGAUUUGCUGAUUUCGAUGAUUUUGACAAUAAGUUACAAAACAUUCCAAAUAGCAAAACAGCCACGCCCAUAAUGCUGCUCGAUAGCUUCUCGCUGUUCGAAGAUACCCCAAAUUCAAGACAAAGUCCAAUAAUAGCGGCUAGCACAUCGACACCAUCAACAACAUUGCACAAUUUGCUACUGACAUCAUCAUCAUCAGCAUCACCAUCAGCCUCCUCAUCAUUGGCCGCCACUUCCACACUAAAUUCCACUGCCACUAUGAACACAAGUACCAACACGACCACGACCACAAAUAACCAACAUUUGUCGCGUUCCAAUACACCGCUGCAGACAGGAGGAGUUGGCGUCGGCGUCGGAGCUGGAGGAUCGAGUGUAUUUGAGGCCUUUGGUCAACCAAAGACAACGACACCAAGUAUUAUCACUGGACCCACAGACUUUAAAGACGAUCCAUUCAAAGACUAUAGGUAUGAGGAUCCAUUUGACAUUAAAGAUCCAUUUGCCGAUGACACCGAAGAAGAGGAAAAGGAGGCAACUGCCGGAGGAGUUGGCAGGAAAAAGAACUUUGCCGAGGACUUUAGCUCAGAGGAUGAAAUUGCUUUGGCCAAUAACAAUCACAACAUGAUUCCACCCAAAUCUGGGACACCUUUGAGCAAUGAUAUCUUACAACAAUUUGAGGCCUUCAAUUUGAAUGCCAGUCCGGCUUUAUCGCAUCAUUCAAGUGCUUCGAACUCAAAUUAUAAAAAGUCACAAACAGCGCUGGAUGCAUUUGCUGACUUUGAGGACUUUGCUACAAUCACAACAACGACAACAACAGCAGCUAGUGCAACAAUAAUAACUACAACAACAACAAAGACGAGCAAUACGAACAAACUGAAUGAUUCCUUUUUCGAUGCAUUUAAUGACAAUUUUAAUCUUAACGGAAACCACUCAACAACAACAACCAACAACAAAAUGACAUUGGCCAAUAAUGAACAAAUCAAUAAUAAGAAACUGCAACCAGCGGUUGCAUUUGAUGCAUUUGCAACUGCAUCUUCUGGUGGUGUUGGUGGUGGUGCAACCACAAUUGCUGCCCCAGUUGUUGCCGCUGAUGGGAAACUCUUCAAUGCCUUCAAUGACAAUUUUGAUGAAGAUGAUUGUUUUGGUGUGACAAAAACACAAACAACAACCAAACAAUUGGAUAAUUCUUUUGCUAAAUUCGAUGCGCAUAAUUUUUCAAAUGAUUUUAGUAAUUCAUUUAACGAACAUGGCAGUACCCCCAAGAAAAAGAAUAAUAAUAAUAAUAAUGCGAUUGGUGAAAACAAAAUUGAACCGAAAGCAACUGAGAAAUUCUCAGCUGAUUAUUCAAAACCCGAAAGUUUUGAUGCCGAUCUUGAAGAGGCCCUCAAGCGUAGCAUGAUCGAUAAUUGAGGUGCUUUUCCAUUUUCUUUCUUUUUUGUUUUUUUUCUUCUUCUGGCUCUAUAUUGUUUAACAAAAUGUGAAUGUGAUGUGUGCAUAUAUAAAUAUAUUUAAAAAAAAAAAAAAAAAGUAACAGAAAAUCUCCCCCGAAAAAUGCUACCUUGUUAGAACUGUAUUUAUCUUUAUACAUUAUACCUAUAUUAUAAUAUAUAUAUAUAUAUACAAUAUACAUUUAUUUCGUGCUCAAUGGUACUCAGAUGUGUGUAUGUAUGUAUGUAUGUCUGUAUGCCAUUGCGGUUAAUCCAAAAUGCUGGUAUUAUAUUUCAUUAUUUGAUAUAAUAGUUAUCUAUAUACAUAUAUCUAUAAUUAUAUACUCGUAGACUUUAAUGCAUAUAUAUAUGUAUGUGUAUAUACAUAUAUAUUACGUUUACACUUGUACCAAAAGUCUCUAUGAAUAAACGAAGGAAUUAACUUGCUCUCACCCAUAA